GGUCGGCGCUGAAGAAGGAACAGAGAGUACUCUCCAAACAGCUGUGUGACUGUGUGUGUGCGCGGGUUUGUGCGUGUAUCUGAAUGUGUGCGAGUGAGCCGCAUCCACCGGAGUUGGCAUAGCCCGUGCUCUCUGUCCGAAUGGGGAAUUACACGGCUCUUACGAACCUCUUAUCGGUACACACAUUAACGCGGAUGCAGCAGGCAACCCGACGCCUAUGAGGAGACCGACGGCGGAACAGAAAAGCCGGUUCGUUUCAGGACAGGUUUGAGGAGGCGUACCCCUCCGGCGUUGUCAUGGAGACCGCUCUGCAUCCUCCGUCGCAGAUGGAGCCGGUUGCCGCGGAGCCGUCGCCGGGCGCGGCGGUCGGGACCGGGGAGUUCGCCGAGCCCGUGGGCCUGUUGGGCCGGAUCCCCCUGGUCAAGCCCUGCUUUAAGAAGAAGGACGCCCAGCGGAAGCUGGACCCGAAAUGCCUGCGGGCCCUGGACCCCGUCCUGACCUCCCUGCUGGCCUCGGACGCCCUGGUGGCGGGCGACGGGGUGUUCGUCACCCCCAAAUCGCUGAGGGCGCGCGGGACCCUGUGCUGCUCCGCGGGACCCAAGCAGGCCUGGAGGAAGCGGGCGUGUCCCGCGCAGCAGGCCGCCGCACCCCCCGGAGCUCCACCCGUUGGCGGACUACGGGGCCCCCCCGGCCCCAGCGGAGGGGAGCGGGACCCGCCCGACGUCAGCCGCCCGGCGUUGCCGGCGGCGACCGGCGAACGCCCCGUCACGCCCCGGGACGGCGAGGCGGGGGACGGCGCCCCCGGCGGUGGCCCGGGAGACGGAAUAUUCCGGGGUAAGAGCGAGGAGGCCUCCCUGGACCUGGUGUUCGACUUCCUGACGCAGCUGCAGUACCACACGCACCGGGACGAGGGCGUGGCCAUCUGCGCGGACUUCCUGCGCGGGGCGUGCGCCUACGGCAGCGACUGCGCCUUCCACCACACCGUGCUGCCCUACCAUUGGCAGAUCCGCCAGGCCGAGGGCGGGGCCUGGCGCAGCCUCUGCGACGACUCCCAGGACCAGCUGGAGCGGCUCUACUGUAACCCUGACAACGAGAGCGUCCAGCUAAAGCACCAGGGGCGUGUGUUCACGCUGGACCUCUGCACCAUGCGGGUGCAGGACCACGAGUUCGACCGGGUCAGACGCCUCAGCACGCCCGCCUCCUCGGUCGCCACGCCCCCUGAGUCCGGCCCCGCCUCCAACUACCACACGGUGUGGAAGUACUUCUGCAAGGAUAACCUGGGGUGGAGGGAGUACUCAAAGCUGGUGGUGCGCCUGAUCGAGGAGGCGAGCGGUCAGGGCCUGAAGGAGGUCCGCUUCGUCACGCUCCAGAACCAGUACGUCCUGAACGUCCGGGAGGGCUUCCAGCAGAACGCCGUCUUCGGGUUCCGCCGGCCAAUCAGGAAACGGCCCGUCUUCCUGUCCGCGGUGCUGCUCGCCCCUUACCUGCGGACACUUGGUGGUCUCUCCUCUUCAGAGGGCCUGAGCAGCUCGCACCCUCUUUCCCCCACCACGCCGGCCCCGCCCCCCAGCACCAAGGCCCCGCCCCCCACCGCCCAGGCCCCGCCCCCCGCCGCCCAGGCCCCGCCCCGGUUGUUCCCGGAGACCUGGCUGCCCAUGGGGCCGUGCCAGGACUUCCUCCAGGUGCCCGUGUCCCCGGACGACAGGAGCUACCGCACGGUGUACAGCCUGUUCCACCGGACCGUGUCCGAGACGCGCUUCCGCGUCCUGAGGGUCCUGCGGGUGCAGAACCCCUACCUCUGGGAGAAGUACAAGAGGAAGAAGGAGUACAUGUCCAGGAAGAUGUCUGAGUCGGAGCGCGGGCAGAACGAGCGCCACCUCUUCCACGGCACCUCCCAGGACGCGGUGGACGGCAUCUGCAAGCACAACUUCGACCCGCGCGUGUGCGGCAAGCACGCCACCAUGUUCGGCCAGGGCAGCUACUUCGCCCGCAAGGCCGUCUACUCCCACAACUUCUCCAAGCGCUCGCCCAAGGGCGUCCACUGCAUGUUCCUGGCCAAGGUCCUGACGGGCAGGGUGACCGUGGGGAACCCCUGCAUGCGCCGCCCGCCCCCCCUCUGCCCCACCGACCCCUCCAGCGACCUCUUCGACUCCUGCGUGGACAACUGGGUCGACCCCCAGGUGUUCGUCAUCUUCAACGACGACCAGAGCUACCCGUACUUCGUCAUCGAGUACGAGGAGGUUUCCAGCACGGUCUCAGUCUGAGCCUCGCUGUGGGAGGAGCUCGGUUGUCGUGGGGACGGUGGCCCCUCCCCAGGCCAGACCUUAACCGUUCGGUCUUCCUGCCUGGCACUGGGAUACUACAGGAGGAACUGUGAAGCUACCUCUACGUCCUCUCGCAUCUCCUGGGCUGAACUCCUGGGAGUUCCCUUCCGGUGGAGGGGUAUUGGACCGUCCCACACGGGUGGAUUUCCUGAGAUGUAGCUGUCCGUCCCGUGUCGAUAAGAGUCGUCGGGUUGGGGGGGGGGGCGGAGCUUUCGUAGGGGGUGCGGAGCGGUUCCCCUGCUGCAGCUCUUUGACGGACCGACGGAACUGCAGUGGCGGCAGGCGAAGGGUGUGCCUGGGGAACGAUGUUUGUUGGGACUGCUGUUCCCAAAGAGGGGCAAGAGGGGCAAAUGGAUUCUAUUGGGUGGAUGUGUGGAGGUGGGCGGAGCUGUCUGUCACAAGGGGCGGAGCUCUUUCAGAAGCGUGUCAGAGGGGAGAUCAGCGCCGUGUUUUUUGUUUCCCACCUCAGCCCAGUCUCCUCCCACCCUUUGGAACGGCCAUUUUGUUUGAAGUUUGUUUGUUUUCAUUUAUGUUUUUACCCUGUGCCUUUUUGUCUUUAAAAUGUUUAUUUAUGUUUGUCACUGUAAUUUACAAUAAAAAACAGGAUGUUUUAAUAAUAACUUA